AUGGCCGUGAGGUCUACGAUCGUGGUGCUGCUGACCACCGUCGUCGUUGUGGUGUCUUCGGCUGGAUUUCUCGAGACGCUGCUCUCGUGGGACCUGCCCGACGCCGUUGGCCGAUCGUCGACGCCGCAGUCCCAGUGUCUGUGCCAGACGACCAAUUGUCUGUGCUGCGUCGACUUGAAUCUGACGGCGACCAUCGACCUGGGCGGGCCGGCUUGCAUCAACGUGAAACAGAAGGAGCAGAACGUCUCUUUGAACUUGAGCUACGGCGACAAUCCCGUGCACAAUGCCACCAUUAAGAUUGCCGAUGCAGCCAACAAACCAACGUGCAUGAACCUUCUGUCGGACCUGGCGCAAAUAUGCGCGAAAUUUACGUCGAUCAAACAAUCCGACGCCGGUUACGACGGGUGUCUGGUGAUCGAGCCCGCAUUGUUGGGCACACCGCAAGCCACCUACCACAUGGGAUGCUUCAAUUUCAAUCAAGUCGUGCGGCAAGUCGAAGUCUCCGCCAUCACAGAGACGACAGAGCCCGCCGAGAGCACCGAAGAAGAGGAUUCCCUGAACACCGAGGAGCUUAUAGCAGCGGUGACCGCAAGUGCGGAGCAAGGCAUAGCUCUGUUCUCGCAGUGGCUCGGUCUCAACUUGAACCCGAAAUUGAACCUGACUAACAAGAACAAUAACCAAGGGACCAACCAACGAGCCGAAGUACCCACGACGUCGAGAUCGGCUCGGACUCACUGGGACCAGGACGAGAAGAACGACGAACGUUUCAAACAGUUGUUAAGCGCCCAAGACAACGUUCUGAAAGGUUCAGCGACGAUCGGCCGAUCGAUCGGCGCCGAGACAACAUUCGUCUACUCGAAACCCUCUGAACUGUUGUCCGAGAACAGUUCAGGGGAGAAGAGGGUCGAGGAAGUCGUUCCUCAACACCUGGCCGUGGUACCAAAGGAGUCCAGACGUGGUGGCAGAGCGUACAACAUUCACCAGCACGUGAACGAAAUUUGA